UUAAAAUAGAGAGUCGACCGUUAUCCUCUCCUCAUCAAAACACAACUCUUUGCCCAUAGCUCCCUAAACCAUUGUCAUCGUCUCCAUUUCUCUGUAAUUCUCUCUCACAAAUCAACAAAAAUGGCGUCUAACCUGUUCUUCACCGAAGAAGAGAUGGUAGUUGACGAAUCCCUUGGUUAUCCCAAAGCUUUCGCCAAGCUCUGUAAAGAUCGAAGCUUGAAUCCUUACUUCAAUGGUCCUCCUAUCACUUUCAUCCCCUAUGCUCCGCAACAAAUCGAGGCUUCAAAGGAGAGAGAAUUCGAUGAGAUGUUCCCUAUUAUCGAUCCCAAAGCAAAACCUACAACGAAACCCAAGAUUUUUGUAAAUCUCUUAUGGAAACAACUCAAUCAUCUAGGAAAUGCUGGAUUUGACCCAGAGACUUUCCGGAUUGACCCGUAUGGAAAUGUGCUGUAUUACAAUGCAGAUCCGGAUUCUCCUCUUGCCUGGGAAAUUGAUCAUUGGUUUCCUUGCUCAAGAGGGGGACUGACAGUUGGAAGUAAUUUAAGAAUUCUACAAUGGCAAGUAUGUAAGAAGAAGAAGAACAGUAACAAAUUAGAGUUCUUAAUACCAUGGUGGGAUCUUCAAGUGGGUAUCUCCAUAAACCAGUUCUUAUCCAUCUUUGCUUCAUCAAACGCGGAUUUCAGGCGUAGAGCUUUCUCUUGGUUGUUUUCCGAUGGCGAAAACGAAGAACUCAACGAUUCUCAUUCGGUUGAAUCACACUUGUUUCCUCAGCAUUUUGUUCAAUCAAUUGAAAAGGUUGGGCUCGCCCCAGCUUCAGUGGUCUUCACCCGAAAAGAGUUAAAUGAAAGGCCAAGAUCCAGUUCUCCUCAAAUCGGGAUGAGAAAAUUGAGAUCAAAUGAGUCGAAAGAGAACGAGAACCCGUAUCAAGCCAUUGUAAUGGCAAGAGAUUCCCUAAGGCAAAAGGAAGAAUCUGUAAAGAUGCAAGCAGAAAUUAAGAAGCUAGACAAUGAAGUAAACGAACUGAAACAAAAAGCAGAGGAGGAGAAGGCAGCCAUACAAGAGCUAGAACUAGUGUUGAUCAAGCGAAAGAAACGGGCAGAGAAGUGUCGAAAAGUUGCAGAGGCGCAAUCUUCGUACAGGAUAAUGCUGGAGAAAAUGAUUCGAGAAGCGAUGCAUCAGAGUGUAGUUUACAAGGAACAAAUGAGAUUGAAUCAGGCAGCAUCUAGUGCUCUAAUGGCCAGACUUGAAGCUCAGAAAGCAAUUUGUGAUUCAUCCGAGAAAGACCUAUACAGGAAAUACAAACACAGAGAUGAGCUAGAAAAACAGAUAACACAGACCAGGAAGAGAUCGAGAUUGAACGACGAUUCUUCAUUAGUCGGAGACAAAGAUAACAAUACCAUUCUUUACUUACCAGGGAUUAACUCAGGCAAGACCCGUUUGCAGAAGGAAGUUGAGGCUUCUCACCUUGAUAAUAGUAACACUCAUUUAACACUACACAAGGAGCUGAGAGUUUUCCUAGAAGAGGAGCAGAAAGUAUCUGAAGAAGGCUCCGCCAUUGUCGCAGUGGAAGAAACCGACAAAUUAGGGAGAUUGAGGCAGAUGGGCGAUCUUCGUUUCCCCAUCAUACGUAAACCAGAAGGAGGAGAUGAUGCAGAGAAGGAAGAAGAUGAAGAGACGAGAAAGCAACGUGGAAAAGGUAAUGUAGAGAAGUGGCUAAAGAUGCUGAUGGAGGAUGCACUAGAGGAAGUGGGAGAAGGUUCUGAUUCAAAUCAUCAAAAUGCUGAAAACCACCCAGUUCAAGAAAAUGCUGCAGGUGAUGAAGAAGAAGAAGAAAUAGUUUUGCGUGAGCACAGAAAAACGCCAUUAAGAAACGGUCCUCCCUACAAGUUAUCUUCUGAGAGAAGCAAAGCAGAGGAAAUAGUUCCCCUGAGUAAAGAAGAAGAAAAAGGUAGAUUAAGCUUUGAAAAGAAGGAGGUUGCAAGGUCAGAUAGUGCACGGGCAUUUCGAAGAAUCCCAUCUUCACCUUCUAUAAUCAUCAAUAUGAGAAAAGGAGUGGAUUGCAUCAGAAAGAAGCCAUUGGUCAUUGACGAUGAGGAAGAAGAAACAACCACCACCCAUUUUGCUGCAAGGAACAACUCUAUUAAGUCAUCCAUCAAGACAAUCAUGAAGAAGGCUGUGAAGAUUUGAACUAUAUAAUUAUAGUUUACACUGAUUUAGAUAUAUAGCCGUGUGAAGAAUGCGAGUUCUUGUGUUGAAGUCAUUCAUUUGUAUUCAUUUAUUUGUGUUGUGAAAAUCAACUUUCAAUGUUGACAUAUGAAAAAUAAAUUCUUUCAGAUUUGUGACAGAAUUUACAGAUGGAUAUGAAGGUUCCUCGUGUGUUGAGGUUUUUC